AUGGCAACCGCGACAGCAUCUGCCAUUCGCCCGGGUCUUCGCGACAACAGACAGCUCUCAGGCUCUCCCCACACACCGACCUCCCGCUUCAUAUCCUCCAACUAUUCUUCUCCAGGCUCUACGUUCCGUCAGGAGGAAGACGCUGUAAUCAUCGAACUCGAUGCUCGGCUUGUAAAAGCAGGCUUCGAAGGCGAGAGCGCACCACAAUGCGUUAUACCCUUCACUCCUGAGAGCGCGCGCAGGGUCGGCGACUACCGAGAAUGGCUGCCAGGCUACAAACCUCCAAAGGGCAGCCUUGAGGAUAGCGUGAGUGACUAUGAGCUCUGGAGAGAUGAUCUCGGGCAUGGUCUUGAGGACGAUGCAUUCGAUUUGGGCCUCCUCGAGGACAAAUUGGAAAGAGCUGUGCGCGACGCAUACAAUACAUAUCUUUUGACUGAUGCCGGCACUGCACGCCUAGUACUUGUACUGCCUUCUGUGUUACCGCGUCCAAUACUGUCUGCGGUUCUUAGCAUGCUCUUUGGACGCUGGAAGUUUCCUUCGAUAUCGCUCCUUCCCCGCCCGACUGUUUGUUUGGCUGCCGCCGGCAUGAGAUCGGGCAUCGUUGUUGAUAUUGGCUGGCAUGAAACCACAAUUACGCCGGUCUACGAGUACCGAGAGAUGAAGACUAGCCGGAGCAUACGCGGCAUGAAGACGCUGACUCUGCAUGUAGGGCGGAUGCUGGAGUCCAUCGCUGAGAAGCAGGCUGUUGCCCACGAUGAGGCGCUACAGAUUGAUCUACCUUUCGUCGAGGACUUCGUAUACCGAAUGGCGCGGUGCGAGUCCCAAGCAACAACACCAACCAAUGAAAAAAGUGCAUCGAGACUGGAAGAGUCGCCGAUCGUCACGCUCGACUGGCCUACAGACUCGUCGUCUGUGGAAGUGUCAUUCCCACUUUCGACAGUCACAGAAGUCGUGGAUGAAUGCUUCCUCCCCAGCGGCUCGGAGCUCCAACCCGACGACGAAGAACUCCCACUCCCAGAGCUCCUUUACAAUGCUCUACUGCAUCUCCCGCCAGACGUCCGCGCCAUCUGCAUGGCUCGCAUCACCUUUGUUGGCGCCGGAUCGACCAUUCCCAACCUGCGCCAGGCUGUGGUAACAAACCUGGAGGCUAUCGUCGCCCGUCACGGUUGGACACCUGUUCGAGGCACGCACGUGGCUAAAGGGCGCCAGAACCUCACUCUCACUGUCCAGAAUCGAUCCAGGAGGCGCAUCCCGGAGGCAGAUGACAAUAAUGGCGUUGCAAGCAUCUCACAUCCUCAAAACGACACGGCCCCAACAACGGCAGAAGGAAGUACUUUCGAAGACAAGCUCCAAAAGCAGCUCACCAAAGACUCCUCUCAGCAGUCCGCUCAACAGACAGUACAAGGGCAAAUUCGCUGCGUGGAAAGUCUAGGUGCAUGGGCAGGUGCGAGUCUCCUCACGAGCUUGAAGGUAAAGGCGGUAGUGGAGAUAGAGCGGAGCCGAUUUUUGGAAAGCGGUAUCGCGGGUGCCACGAGGGAUAGAGAGACCGAUGCUGUGACAACUGGGCAACGGGCGUCCAGUGGCGGAGCUGGCGCGGUAGGAGGUGGGAAGGCUGGAGAGAGGACAAGUUGGACGUUGGGUGUAUGGGCGUGA